AUGUAUCUGAAGCCUGGUCUCAAGCGACAGUCUUGCGACUUUUGCUUUCGGCGCAAGGUCAAGUGCGACUGGGUAUCGCGUGAAUCCGAAGGCCAUACUCAGUGUUCCCAUUGUGAGUUACGGGAUAUAGCUUGUACGAAUUCCGAUGACCGUAGUCGAGCCAGACGGAGCAUGCGCCGUGAUGUCCGCUCUGCUGCUCGUCGAAUCUCAUCCAGUCCCGAUGACGGGCAUGCGGCCGAUGAUGGUAACCCUCCCGGCAGUACCAACGAUACCUAUCUAGUCAAUGAGGAGAAGAGCAUCUCCGCCCUACCCCAGAUUGACCUACCCCAGACUGAGGUGUUGCCUAUUGACCCAAGACUACAAUAUCCGGCUGUUGACUCUGAGCCUGCAUGGAAAGAUAUUAGUUGGGAUCUGGGAGCUGAGAGUAUCUCGUUUCUUGACAGUGUCUUUACGCACGACUACAACUUCGACGAUAUGCCCAACAGUCCUCGGAUAUACGUCAGUGAGGAGAUCGUAGAUGCUUUACAAAACCCUUACGAAAUCCUCGAACUUGAUCCGAACAAUCUAAAAGCAGCAAUCGACGCUUACUUUGACCUGGCGUCGCUCGCUAUCCCGAUACUAGACAGAAACUCAUUCCAGGCUGACUACACGAGCCACAGAGCCAGCCCUGCAUUGGUGUACGCUGUAGCAUGCCGAGGAUGCCCCUUCCUAUCGAUGUCGCGAAAAUGGCUGGUGCAGCAGCGGCUGGCGAGCGAGUUCAGACGAGCAUGGCUCGAGGCAAGGUCAGCUACAGGGGACAAGCAAUCAAUCAGACUGGACGACCUUGAAGCUCUGGCUCUCAUGGUCGACUUUACCUACGAACCGGCUGAGGAUGCCAACACAGCGCUCCAUUCCCAGCUUGGUAGCCUUUUCCUAACACACGACAGCCUGGUCCUCAUGACACUACAGUAUCAGAUUCUUUGCCACACGUCCUUGGCCGAAGGCUCCUUAGCGCCUUUGCAUGGGACACAACAGCGAAAAAGGUUGCUUUUCUGGUACGUGUAUGGGAAAGAUACGUUCCGCGCCCCUCGACCAAAAGUCCUCUCUCGUAUCAGGGACGGACCAAGCUGA